AUGGAGCUUCAUGCGGAAAGUGGACUCAAGAUUGCUGCAAGAAUAUUGGCUCGCGAGAAACCCAGCAUAUUUGAAGCCUUGUUUGUGGACCCAGUUGGAUCCAACUUUGGUCCUGAUAUUGCUGACUUUGCGUUCCCUAAAGAUGCCUUUUCGAUGAAACAGAAAGUCAUCUUUAACACUAUUUUAGUUCAUAUUUUCCCAUCUUAUGUAAAUGGCGAGAAAACAGAGGGACUGGAGGGCAAAUGCAUUCUCAUCGAUACGAACUCCUCCUUCCCCAUCCUGGCAUUUACCUUAUUCACUGAAAAAUUCCUGUCUACGCGCUACCCAGCAACUUCUCACUCGGCACUGGUUGAUGAAGUAAACGAAUUUCUGACCCACCUUCCAGAUCUUGAAUCGAUUUGCAUAUGUACCCGCAUGCUUCUCUCGGCUAAGGUGGGUUUCCUCUUUCGUAAAGUACCUCACUCUCAGGACUUGAGGCGUAACACAUUACCUUUCUACUACCGCCCGAACCAGCGCGUCGUUUUCCAAGAUGGUGAUCCUCAAAGCCGACAGAUAACGGUUGAAAUAACAGAUGGGGACGGACCUGCAUUUAGUUCUGCCUUCAAGUUGUUUACCCAGGUGUGA